GGCCCCCCCCUGAUUCAUGGCCGCCGCCGAGCUCCCUCAGCAGCGAGAGCGAGAGACAGACAGAGAGAGGGGAAGAAGAGGGCCCGAGAGAAUGUUUUCUUCACUUGAUGCUCAUGAGGGAAUCAUGAUGGUGAUAUCUUAGGGAUUUGCCAUAGUAUGGCUACUUUUCGAUCCCAGCGUGUUACAAGAUCGUCAGUUGGCUCAAAUGGUUUGGACGAAAACUUCUGCGGGCGAACCUUGAGGAAUCGGAGCAUAGUUCACCCGGAUGAUUCCUCCCCUUUUCCCCAGUUGAGGUCGCGGUCGCCAAAAAAGAAACAAGACACUGUACCACAACAGAAGGGCAUAAACGGCGGGAAGGUUGCUGAAUGCAAACAGCACAACGCUCGUGAGUCCUGGGCGAGCCCUAGAAAGAGGGGACUGUCAUGUUCCGAGAAGGAUAACCACGAGAAAAAGCCUUUGGACAUUUGUGACCCGAUAUUGCCCGUUUUUAAACGGGUAAAGCGAUGCUCCCGCUCGGAACCUGCGGAUGGCCCGGAGGAUGCAUCGUUGCUUGUUAAAACUGAAAAGGCUUCACUUGAGCGAAAAAGCUCAGCCGCAAACAACGAUGGGGACUUGUCGCAACUCAAGCGUGCUCGACGCUUUCUUUUACUGGAUGAUUGUGACAAAAGGGAGAUCAAAAAGGUGAAAGGGUUGGAUGGUGGAUGUGACGACUCACCGCUGCUGAAAGAGGUACCCACUCACCAGGCUGCCAAUGGGAUCAAUGAGAAAGAUGCUGCUGCUGCUCUGGAAUGCAGUGAUUGUGAACCUCUCGAUUUGAACAGUAAACCAAAAUGUGUUGAUGUUGAUACAUGUGCAUCCAUUUUACCAACAGAAACUGAAAACAGCAAUUCAGGUGGCCGCUCACUGCUGCUUAAUGGCAGUAAGGUGGCCACUGUUUCAGAGCCUGAUGUGCCUUCUACAGAUUCAGAGUGGGAAGACGACAGGACAAUAAGCGACUGCCACUCUGUGUCACAACAAUCUACCACAAUUCUAGCAACUGAAAACCCAUUGCAAAUCAGGGAAUCUGAGGAAGAGGUUGAUGUUGUGGGAUAUAGUUUGUUCCAGCCAAAGGAACAGUGUUUUGAAAAUGCCAGUUGCAGUAUCGAUGCUGCUCAGGAUGUCGAACAGAUCUCAGGGGUGCCUGAUUCUUCUGCAGUGCUGGACUCUGGACUUGGUCCCUUGCUUGAACCUCAAGAACACAGGUAUGCACUGAGAACUUCGCCCAGAAGGGCUGCAGUUAACAAGUGCAGCUCUCAAAAGAUAAGCUCACCCAACAGGGACAAUGGGCAGGUGGAAGACAAAUCUCUCAGUCUUAAUGAAUGUGAAAAGACUGGAGGACCAGUAGUGGCUGCAGAAAAUGAGCACUGUGCGAAAUUGGAAGAGGGUGACUCUCAGGCAAAGGGAGAGCUGCCCCAGGACAGGGCUGGAGAAUGUUUCAGUGGCAAUGUGCCCGAUUCAUUUGCACAGCUUGGCUUGGACAGAGGACACUUGUACACAAGCAGGGAGAGCAGCAGCCAGCAAUCUAGAGAAGAGGAGGAGGAAGAACCUGAUGUAUACUACUUUGAAUCAGAUCAUGUGGCACUGAAACACAACAAAGAUUACCAGAGGCUGCUACAGACCAUUGCUGUGCUGGAAGCCCAACGGGCCCAGGCUAUUCAAGACUUGGAAUGUUUAAGCAGACAUCAGAAAGAAGGGCUGAAGGAACCCAUUACGUUUGUGGAAAAUCUCCAACAGAAGGUUGACAUGGGAUUUCCAUGCCCACAAAGAGUGGUUCAGCUGCCUCAGAUCCCAUGGGACCAUUAUACGUCUGGGCUAGGAAAUUUUGAGAAAGAAUACAGAAAUAAGAAACACAACACACGGAGAUUAAAACUCGUCUUUGACAAAGUUUUCUCGGCUGGGCCAGGUUUGCCUGUGAGACCAAAAAGCCCCAUGGAUUCCAAGAAGGAUGCAGAGUCAUCAUCCUCCUCUUUUUACUCUUCAAUGUUGCCUUCAAGCGAUGCCCCCGAAGUAAUGAUAAACAGCCGUGCGCAGGUAAUAAGAGGAAGGAUUUGUGAUGACUCCAAGUCAGAAACAUUUAACCAGCUGUGGAGUGUAGAAGAACAGAAAAGAUUAGAGGAGCUGCUCCUUAAAUAUCCUCCUGAAGAAGUGGAAACGCGACGCUGGCAGAAGAUAGCUGACAAACUAGGCAACCGAACGGCCAAACAGGUUGCCAGCAGGGUGCAGAAGUAUUUCAUUAAACUAGCUAAAGCUGGAAUCCCUAUUCCGGGCAGAACUCCGAACUUGUACCUGCAUUCAAAAAAGUCUUCGAAUAGGCGCCAGCACCCUCUCAACAAGCAUCUCUUCCGGCCAUCCACCUUCAUGACCUCGCACGAGCCUCCUGUCUAUAUGGAUGAUGAAGACGAUAGAAGCAGCUUCUACAGUAGUCAGCUUGAUGCAGCCGCAGACGAAGAGGUCUCGGAUGAUGAAAGCAUUCCACCUUCGUAUCGCCACACAGCAGAAUACAAAGAGCUGAUGUGCUUGAAGAAACUGAAAAAGCAGAAGCUUGAGCUGAUGCAGGCAGAGAGCAGUUUUGUACAGCACAUCGGGUUUAAGUGUGACAACUGUGGCACAGAGCCGAUUCUCGGGUUACGGUGGCAUUGCCAAGACUGUCCACCAGACAGUUCGGUGGAUUUCUGCGACAGUUGUUCGGACUGCUUGUACGAAACAGAGAUUCACAAAGGUGACCAUCAGCUGGACCCUAUCUACAGAGUUGAGACAUUUCUGGACAGAGAUUACUGCAUGUCUCAGGACACCAGUUACAACUACCUUGAUCCGAACUACUUCCCGGCAAACAGAUGACACAAAGGGCAUAGUUGGGGAGGAAAAAAUCAAAACUCCCAGAGGGAGUUGACUUUAUGCUCUUCAGUGCAUUGAAAAAUCAGGCUCCAUUCGUUGAUGCCUUGCACAGAUUGAAAGCAUCCUGCUGCUGUUCCAAAAAAAAAAAAAAAUGUCCGCAGGCGAUGGCUUUUCACUGGGCACACUCGUCGACUACGGCCCUACGCUCCCCGCGGUCCAUUAUAAGUCAUUCAACAGCAGGUGAACAUUCCUUACGUACAGCGGGUUUCCUCGAGUUGCCUUCCACGCACUCUUUCUCUCUGUUUGUCUGCCUCGUGCUCUCUCUCGCUCAAAGUUCCGUUCCCAUCUGUCGAUGGACAUGGAGGAGAAAGGGAAGGCAAGACGGUUACAAACUGCGCAGGCCCAGUUAUUUAAUUCCAAAGGCGAGAUCGGUUUCUGUGACAAAGACUGUACUCUUAACCAUAAUAUGAUGUAGAUAAAUGUCUGUGUAGACGAGUAUUUAUGGAACCACAAGAUACAUUAAAUUUGCUAUUAUGUUGUGUAGUGUAUAGUCCUAGUGGCACGAAAGGGGGCUGCCUUUUGUUGUUGGAAAGGAAGUUCUAGGUUUUACACGAGAGAAAGUUGAAUUUAUUAAGCAAGUAAAGUUGACGGUAGCGAUGCUGGACCUGGUUAUGGUCCUGAGCAUUGAACCUGCCUAACACAAUCAGCUGCUUACACCCAAAAGGCCUCUUGGCUUCUGUCUCUGUCAGCCCUUCCCCUGAUCAACAGCGAAGCACUACGUGAGGCAAGGAAUGUUAGGGGCAACAACGAAGAAAUGUGGGUGUGUUUUCCCUUCACACCACAACUCCCUCCUUCCCCCCCACCCGCCCCCACCAACCUCCACCUCCUCCCCCACCCAACAAACAAAGCUGCACGGAUGAAGUUUGAAUACAGUCAGUCGUCAGUGAAAGUGUUUUUAGAUGUAAUGUGAUAUAAAACGACUAUGUAAUGUGUACUAAAAUAUGGUGAAAAAAGUACAGUGGUAGCAACAGUGUACAUCACUUUAUAUAAACACACCUCCACCAACUUCAGAAUCAAACAGAGCCCUCUCCUUCUCUACCCCUUUAAUGAGAGUUGUCCCCACAACUCAUUAACAAAACUGCCUAUAAAAGAUAAUCAAGUAUUAUAAUAAAUUCCCUUUUUUGUAGUCUGCACAAAAGCUCCAUUUGCUGAAAGAUUGUAUUUUUACUAUGUAUUUAAAUGAAUGAUCGAUACUAGUCAGCAGUGAGCACGGGGUUCAGCUGCGAACUUUUUUACCAGUAGUUGUGCAUUGAUUAGAACAUUUUUGUACGGUUUCAGUUUCUGGCCUCAUAUCUGUGUGUAUGCAAUAUGUUCUUAUACAGAUCUGUACAACUGUCAGGAGAGCUGUGAGAAAUAAAAACAAUGUGGAACUAG